AUGGAUCUCGUCAACCACCUGUCCGAUCGUCUACUCUUUGCGGUUCCCAAGAAAGGCCGUCUCCAGGCCGCAACGCUCGACUUACUCUCAGGAUCCGAUAUUCAGUUCCGACGGGAGACAAGACUCGACAUCGCACUCGUAAAGAACCUGCCGCUGGCGCUGAUAUUCCUACCGGCGGCCGACAUUCCAACAUUCGUUGGUGAAGGCAGAGUAGACCUUGGAAUCACAGGUCAGGACCAAGUGGCCGAACAUGACUCGCAGCUCGCACUGGGCGAGGAGACAGGCGUCGAGGAAGUGAUGGAUCUAGGCUUUGGAAAGUGCAAACUGCAAGUGCAGGUUCCUGAGAAAGGCGGUAUCCAGGACGUCAAGGAUCUGGUCGGCAAGAACAUUGUCACCAGUUUCACGGGCCUCGCCGAGGACUAUUUCGCGCGACUGGAAGGUCUGGGUGGCCGAAAAGAGAGUAUCAACGGCACCUCGAGCCCAAUCCCGAAGCUGAAGACAAAAAUCAAGUUCGUUGGUGGCAGUGUUGAGGCCGCCUGUGCGCUGGGUGUUGCAGAUGGAAUCAUCGAUUUGGUCGAGUCGGGCGAGACGAUGAGAGCAGCCGGCCUCAAGGCCAUCGAGACGGUGGUGGAAAGCACUGCCGUGCUGAUCAAGUCGAGGUCGGUAUCGAAUCCGAAAUUGGUGGACUUGAUCGCCGCUAGGAUACGAGGAGUCAUUACGGCACAAAGAUAUGUUUUGUGUCAAUACAACGUCCCUCGGGACAGGUUGGCCGCAGCCACCAAGAUCACUCCUGGAAAGAGGGCUCCUACAAUCACUGCACUGGAAGAACCGGAUUGGGUUGCGGUCAGCUCGAUGGUGGAAAAGAAGAAUAUCGCCACGGUCAUGGACGAACUCACGGCCGUACACGCGACGGAUAUUUUGGUAUUGGACAUUGCCAACUCCCGGACAGGCUGA